GUGGCAUUGUUGCACUAGAAAAUGUUGGGUCAGCUGCACAAAGCGUAAAUGAAGUAGAAAGAAAGCGGGGAAGAAGGUAUUUGCUAUUCCUAGGUUUUUAUAAACCAAAAGUGGCACGAAGGUGCGGCGCUAGGUUGCUGGGGGGUAAUGCGAUAGGCGUUGUCAGUGUUGCUGUUUUAUCACUUUAAAUAGUGUAGAAUUUGAACAACGGGCCUUUGUCUUAAGACGCUUGUUAGUUAGCGUUAGCACAAAAGCUAACGGCGACGGCUGACACGCUUUUCGCCAUUUUGCGAUUUCAACUAGCCUGUUACCUGGCUUCUAUUAAGGUGGUGUCUUCAUCAUGGCAGAAGCAGACCGACCAGGGAAGCUCUUCAUCGGUGGACUGAACACUGAGACCACAGAAAAGGCCCUGGAGCAGUACUUCAGCAAAUAUGGCAGGAUUGUCGAAGUUCUCUUAAUGAAGGACCGUGAAACAAACAAAUCAAGAGGCUUUGCUUUUGUAACAUUUGAGAGUCCAGCUGAUGCAAAAGAUGCAGCACGUGAAAUGAAUGGAAAGUCUCUUGAUGGCAAGCCCAUUAAAGUGGAGCAGGCUACAAAGCCUCAGUUUGAGAGUGGGGGCAGAAGAGGACCGCCACCCAUGCACUCCCGUAGUCGUGGUCCUCCCAGAGGCUCUCGUGGUUCUAGGGGUGGUCCUGGGGGUAUGAGAGGCCCACCUUCCCGAGACUACUAUGACAAUUCAGGAAAUGGCGAACCAUUCUUUAAAGGGAUGUCAUCAAGAGGCCCUCCUCCAUUGAAACGAGGGCCUCCUGUACGUAAUGGAGGCCCCCCACCAAAGAGGUCUGCUCCAUCUGGACCCAUGGGUAGACCACCCAUGUCAAGGGACAGAGAUCCUUAUGGACCUCCAUCUCGCAGAGACUCCAUGAUGUCCAGAAGAGAUGAUUAUCCAUCACCACGAGAUGAUCAUUACAACUCAAAGGAUAGUUACUCCAGCCGGGACUAUAAUUCUAGAGAUUCCAGGGAUUAUGGACCUCCUCCCAGGGAUUACUCAUACAGGGAAUAUUCAAAUUCCAACUCCAGGGAUGAUUAUAGUUCAAUGUCAAGAGGUUACAGUGACCGUGAUAGCUAUGGGGGAGGCCGCGAACCUAGAAACUACAUGGAUCGUCCUAGUGGUGGCUCCUACCGAGAUUCAUAUGAUGGUUACGGUAACUCUCGCAGCGCCCCACCUUCACGGGGCCCCCCACCUUCCUAUGGUGGGAGCAGUGGAAGCAGUCGUUAUGAUGACUAUGGCAGCAGUUCCCGAGAUGGCUAUGGCAGUCGUGACAGUUACCCCAGCAGUCGGAGUGAUCCAUACCCUCCUAGCCGUGGUGAGCGAAUGGGCAGGCAGGAGAGGGGCCCAGCUCCCCCUGUUGACAGAGGCUACCCACCUCGCGAUUCAUACAGCAGCUCAAGUCGUGGAGGGCCACGUGGGGGUCGUGGGGGCAGUCGACCUGAUAGAGGAAUGGCUCGCAGCAGAUACUGAACUGGAUUGGAAAUCCUACAAAAACAAACAUAGUGUUUCCGUGCAGUUCACAUGCGAUUGGAAGAAUCCAACCCACUUUCCACCAUGUCCAACUCUGUGGAGAAUGAUGCUUAGCCUUGAACUGUAUCAUUACUCUCCCAAUUUUUUAUGUGUAAAGGUUUUUUGUUUGUAUUUUUUUAGUAUUUUCUUGCUCAUGUAACAAUGCAGUUGCUAAGUGAGUGUUUUGUACAUUCAGUGCUGUUGAAAACUGCAGUACCCUAUCAUCUGGCUACUUUAAUAAAGCUUUUAGUUGUACUACGAUCAUUGCUCAUCCAUUUAAAAAAAAAAAUUUAAAGAUUGGAAGCAGUUAUGUGACUCCUCAAACAACUUGAAUCAUCACUCACGUUCAAGAUUAACUUAGGUGAAUCUCAGCUGAAAUACCAAUGCACAAGUGACUUCAGUACAUUCUGAGCAAAACUGUACCUUCAACUGGACGCUGCUGAUAACAGAGAUUAGGCAAAUGUUACUCUCAAAUUGUUCCGAUGUAGUCUCCUUGGAUUUGGAAUCAUCAUCCUAGAGCCAUUUGAUGGCAUGCAACGACAAAACCAAUGGAAACAACAUCCAAAUCCAACUCAACUGAUAGUCAACAGCUGGUAAGCAAAGCAAAACUCUUUGUUUCUCACCUGUAAAUGAGUUUCUUACUGUCCUGUAUUGCAAUCUGCACUCCAAAGUGAAAUCCAAGACAACAUUGAUCACUCAGGACAAGAGACACAAGAGUUGAUCAGAUGAGCCUUUUUCCAAUGUAGUGAUUUUGUUAGCUGCCUAUAUUGUGAAAAAAAGAAGCCACAGUAUACAUUUCAUCGUUUCUCAAUGGCGAAAGCUUUGAUAUCACCUGAGCCCUCAAACUGAACCUUUUUGCCAUCCUGACUGUUUAUCCGUGGUCUAAAGAUUUGGCACAGUCCUUUUUCAAUUACCUGGAAUUUUUUUUUCUACUAAGAUCAUUUUUUAAAAAUCCGGUUCUCAGUACAACAAGCAUGCCAGUUCAAAAAAAGGGAGACCUCUGGAAGAACAAUAUUGUCCAAUCUGUCAAACUGGAAACGACCGCUGAAGCAAACUCCUGUUGGACCAAAGGCUAAUAUGUAGUUUCAAACAUACAUGGAUAUGACAAGGAUGAUGUGUUAAUUCCUAUUGCUCUCUUUCCAGGUUGAACAUCCUUUAAAGGCAACUACUACUGUUACUUACUGACCACUGCCCUAAAACUGCAGAACCAGUGAAGACCUACUGGAGGAAUGCUGAUGCACCAUCUGAUGCAUGAGUGGAUAUCUAUCAAGACCAUUGCUUUUCACUGCUUGUUUUGGCAGAGAGCCUUGUCAAGUUGGGAAAGUAUGGUCCAAGGAGUUGAUGUUAUUGACAUUUUUAAUAAAUCAUUUAAAAAAGA